ACCUCCGACACAUCAGUCCCAAGAUAUUUAUUUUCGUUGUCUUCCCCCGCUUGUCGAUGCAGGAGAUGAACUCGUUGACUCAACCAUUCUCUACACGUCCGAAACCUUUCCUCCAACGCACUGUACCGCCAUCAAGAAGGCAUCCAUAACAUAAGGUCGGCUCAAUCAUGCUCGAGAAAGCGAAGACGAAAGGCGCAGAUCUAGUUGAAUGGGCGACUGCCAACCCUAUCAAGGCCACUGCGUGCGCAGCCGGGGUGGUUUGUGUCGCCGCCCCCGGGUUGGUGGCGGCUCCGCUGUUAGGUGUCACCGGUUUCGGGGCGAACGGGAUCGUUGCAGGUAGGUAUAUAUUCUAGCUCUCUCCUGGCUAACCCCAAGCCUAGCACACCGUGUCUCCUAAUUGUGUAGGCUGACAUCUCAUCGUGCCAGGCUCCUUCGCCGCCAGUGCCCAGAGCAGCAUCGGCAGUGUUGUGGCUCCUUCGCUUUUUGCAACGCUACAAAGCGCCGGCGCGGGUGGAUACGGAGUUGCGGCUGUAUAUCCGGUUGUACAGACUGUUGGCGCGGCCGCUUCGUCGAUUGCGGCCCUGGCUUCUUGGAGGAAGCGAAAAGCAGAUAAACAAGACGCAGUAGUGGAGUCUGAUACUGAGCAAGACACAGCAGUGGAGU